AUGGAGAUCAACUCUACAAAUCUCACCAGUAACAUCAACUUUAUAAAUCCUGGCAACAACACAGUCCCAGAUCAGUGCGAUGAUGUAGUUGGACUGUAUGCUUAUGCAUGCUUUUAUUAUGGCGUCCAUGACUAUUUCAGCGUGAUUUUGUGUUGUUUCGGAAUACCCGCAAAUCUCGUCAACAUCAUUAUCUUGACUCGGAAGUCGAUGAGGACACCCAUCAACAUAAUAUUAACUGGCAUCGCCGUGUCGGACUUGCUCACCAUGUUUUCCUAUCUAGUCUUUGCUAUCCACUUCCGGUUAAUGUAUGGACGUGACGAUGUUUUUGGUAAAUACACAUAUGGCUGGGCUUUGUUUCUGGUUUUUCAUAUAUGCCUGACCCUCACAACGUACACAAUUUCUAUUUGGCUUGGAGUAUGUAUGUCUGUGAUUAGGUACAUGUAUGUUUCCUCCGUGGGCACGCGGCACCCCGGCACAGAGAAACGUCGGUCAUUCGUACUAGUCAUCAUUGUGUUUGCUUUCUCAAUUAUAGCGUAUAUUCCACAAUACGCCUUCAUGGAAGUUCAACCCAUUGCCAACUUGACUGGGGUGUACAGACCGCGGAGUAUCGGCAUACGAUCCACCAAUAGGUCGACAUUAGAAACAGCUUUUGUGUGGAUAUUUCUAGUGGCGGGAAAAUGGAUACCAUGUUUUUUGAUCAUCGUGUUCGGUAUAAUUUUGGUGUGUACCCUACAUAAAAGCAAGAAACGUACCGAAAAACUGAAAGGAGCUCAAACCAAAGCAAGGCUAAAGCAACACACCCGGACGACCGCAAUGUUGCUGGUCAUUAUCCUCAUGUAUAUAAUAUCUGAAAUUCCCCAGACCGUCGUCUUAGUGAUAGGGGUUGCAAGUGGAGACUUCCUGAACUACAUGCUGUUGGCAGACACAAUAGACAUGCUUUGUUUGAUCAAUAACUCGGUGAACAUAAUAUUGUAUUGUGCAAUGAGUAAACAGUUCAGAGACAUGUUAUGGUCAAGUUUGUGCUGUAUAUUUCAGUUCUCUGACCCCAAGAAUUACAUGUCCGUGCAGACGACGGUCACACACACUAGUCCGUGCGGACAACUAUGUCACGAUUCUUAGAAUAACGUUCAGGCUUUUGCACAAUAGAAAUUCGCAUCCUUUGAAGGCGCCAAUAUUAGGAAAAAAAUAUAACACAUAUUGUUAAUGGUUCAUACUCUGAUGUGUUGAUGUGAAAUUUAUUUUAUUUCAAUUUACAGCUAGUGGUCAUAAUGAAGUUUCCAGUGUCUUAGAAUAAAGAAUUAGAAUACACCAAUGCUAAAUCUGAAACUAAAUCUUGUUUCAUAACUCAGGGUGUAUAGGAUGCAGGACAAAACUAGCAAAGUAGUAAGAACAAUAUUAUUUCAUAGAACUUGCAUCAUCACUUGUAUAUAUUCAUUCUAUUUUCUUUUGAAUUCGAAAUUCUGUUUACUUUGAACUAAUUACUGCACUUUAUAAAUGCACGUUACUAGUUUACUGUUGCGUCUAGACUGCAUUUGACGUAACCAAAGAUUUAUGUACUGUAGGCAUGAUAUAUUUACUCCUGAUGUAUGUAUCUUGUAUCGAAGAAUAUUUUGCUUUUUGACCAUUUUAAAACAACAAUUUAAUGAUACAGUGCAAAUAGACAUGUUGAUUCUUUUGACCAAAAAAAAAUUGAAUGAAAAUAUCUUUCUUUGCGUCUUAAUUACAGCUAGUUAUCACGUUGGACUGUAACGUUAUUUAUUUCUCCACAUGACGGACAAAAUAUCCUGAAUGUUACGUAUAACAACAAUAAACAACUGCAGUCUACCCUGAAUAUACUGAACUUCAGGGGACCGAUCUUAAUUUUUAAUUAUAUCUACAGAUCAAUAUAACCGAUGUCAAAUUACAUGUAUAUGUUAUUUGUUUUUCUUUUACUUCAAUAUAAUAGAUAGUUCAAUAUUAGCGACUUCAAUAUAAAUGGAGUAAACUGUAUAGUGGAGUGGACUGUAUAUAUACAUAUUGUGGUAUGUUUUCAAUAAAAUUGUUUUAAGAAUGGUUCGUAGAGUAGUAGUUGAAUUGUACAUAGAGGCUUUGAAUAGUUUCAAAUUGUUAAAAUGAUGUAGUAUGUUUUGGCCACUAACUCCUGUUUUAUAGAUAUAUUUCGUGUUUAAAGAUGAAAAACUUGACUGCAAAGGAAAUAAUAUACAGCUUUCCUUGUAAUAGAUAUUGUGUUAUUGGAAUGUUGAAAAAUGAAAACGAAUUAAAAACUAUAGAGGUUUA